AUGCCGAUUAUUGAUAUCGGGCGUCUCAAAUCUUCAUCGCCCACCGGAGAAGAAGAACUUGAAAAUCUGCGAUCAGCUCUCAGCUCAUGGGGUUGCUUCCAGGCAAUAAAUCACGGAAUAGAAAGUUCUUUCCUUGACAAAGUGCGAGAUGUUACCAAACAAUUGCUUGAACUUCCAAUGGAAGAGAAGCAAAGAUACUCCAGAGCACCUGAUGACAUUGAAGGGUAUGGGAAUGACAUGGUUCUUUCAGAUAAUCAAACUCUCGAUUGGACCGAUCGGUUGUUUCUUACAGUAAAUCCUGAAGAUCAGAGAAAGCUCAACUAUUGGCCUCAAAAUCCUGAAGUUUUUAGAGAAACUAUGCAUGAACAUGCCACCAAUUUACGACUGAUAGCAGAGGACCUCCUCAAGGCCAUGGCAAGGUCACUAAACUUGGAGGAGAACUGUUUCUUGAAUCAAUACGGAGAUGCAGCAAUUAUGCAGCUAAGAUUCAACUUCUACCCUCGGUGUCCGAGGCCUGACCUUGUUCUCGGCCUAAAACCUCAUGCAGAUGGAUCAGCAAUUACAAUUGUCUUGCAAGACACAGAAGUUGAAGGGCUUCAAUUCCUGAAAGAUGACCAGUGGGGGAGGGUUCCUAUAAUGCCUCAUGCACUUCUCAUAAAUGUUGGCGAUCAAAUAGAGAUAAUGAGUAAUGGAAUUUUCAAGAGCCCAGUGCACAGGGUUGUGACCAACUCAAAGAGGGAGAGAAUCAGCCUGGCUAUGUUCUGUAGUCCAGAAUCAGGAAAGGAGGUUGAACCAGUGGAGGGGCUCAUUGAUGACAAGAGGCCAAGAUUAUACAAGAAAGUAAAAAACUAUCUUGACACUUAUUUCCAGUACUACCAGCAGGGCAAAAGACCAAUUGAUGCAGUGAAAGUAUAG